AUGGCACAGUUCUCCGAUAUUGAUAAACUUGCCGUUUCCACUUUGAGGUUGCUUUCGGUUGACCAAGUGGAAAGCGCGCAAUCUGGCCAUCCAGGUGCACCACUAGGAUUGGCUCCUGUGGCCCAUGUAAUUUUUAAGCAAUUGCGUUGUAACCCCAACAAUGAACAUUGGAUCAACAGAGACAGGUUUGUCCUAUCGAAUGGACAUUCAUGCGCUCUUCUGUACUCUAUGCUUCAUCUGUUAGGAUACGAUUACUCUAUUGAAGACUUAAGGCAGUUUAGGCAAGUAAACUCAAGGACACCGGGCCAUCCAGAAUUCCACUCAGCAGGGGUGGAAAUUACUUCUGGUCCAUUAGGCCAAGGUAUCUCAAAUGCUGUUGGUAUGGCAAUCGCGCAGGCCAACUUUGCCGCUACUUAUAACGAAGAAGGUUUCCCCAUUUCUGAUUCAUAUACGUUUGCUAUUGUGGGGGAUGGUUGCUUACAAGAGGGUGUUGCUUCAGAGACCUCUUCUCUAGCAGGACAUCUGCAGUUGGGUAACUUGAUUACAUUUUAUGACAGUAAUAGUAUUUCUAUUGACGGUAAAACCUCGUACUCGUUUGACGAAGAUGUUUUGAAGAGAUACGAGGCAUAUGGUUGGGAGGUCAUGGAAGUUGACAAGGGCGAUGACGAUAUGGGAUCUAUUUCUAGCGCCUUGGAGAAGGCAAAACUAUCAAAGGACAAGCCUACUAUAAUCAAGGUGACCACCACGAUUGGCUUUGGGUCCUUACAACAGGGCACUGCUGGUGUCCAUGGUUCUGCCUUAAAAGCAGAUGAUGUGAAACAGCUGAAAAAUAGGUGGGGGUUCGACCCGAAUAAAUCAUUUGUAGUACCUCAAGAGGUGUAUGAUUACUACAAGAAGACUGUUGUGGAACCUGGUCAAAAACUUAAUGAACAAUGGGAUCGGAUGUUUGAAGAAUACAAAACCAAAUUCCCAGAGAAAGGUAAAGAAUUGCAAAGAAGAUUGAACGGUGAACUACCAGAAGGUUGGGAAAAGCACUUACCGAGGUUUACUUCGGAUGACGAUGCUCUGGCAACAAGAAAGACAUCUCAGCAGGUGCUGACAAACAUGGUCCAAGUCUUGCCCGAAUUAAUCGGUGGAUCUGCCGAUUUGACGCCUUCGAAUCUGACAAGAUGGGAAGGCGCGGUAGACUUCCAACCUCCCAUUACUCAACUAGGUAAUUAUGCAGGAAGAUACAUUAGAUACGGUGUGAGGGAGCACGGAAUGGGAGCCAUUAUGAACGGUAUCUCCGCAUUUGGCGCAAAUUACAAGCCUUACGGUGGUACGUUCUUAAACUUCGUCUCUUAUGCUGCAGGAGCCGUUAGGUUAGCCGCCCUGUCUGGUAAUCCGGUCAUCUGGGUUGCAACACAUGACUCUAUAGGGCUGGGUGAGGACGGCCCAACCCACCAACCUAUUGAAACCCUAGCUCACUUGAGGGCUAUCCCAAACAUGCACGUAUGGAGACCCGCCGAUGGUAACGAAACUUCCGCUGCGUACUAUUCUGCUAUAAAAUCUGGUCGUACGCCAUCUGUUGUGGCUUUAUCAAGACAGAAUCUUCCUCAGUUGGAACAUUCCUCCUUUGAAAAAGCCUUGAAGGGUGGCUAUGUGAUCCAUGACGUGGAAAAUCCUGAUAUCAUCCUUGUAUCAACAGGUUCGGAGGUUUCCAUUUCUAUAGAUGCAGCCAAGAAAUUAUACGAUACUAAAAGGAUCAAGGCAAGAGUUGUUUCGCUGCCAGACUUUUAUACUUUCGACAGACAAAGUGAGGAAUACAGAUUCUCAGUUUUGCCAGAUGGUGUUCCAAUCAUGUCCUUUGAAGUAUUGGCUACGUCAAGUUGGGGUAAAUAUGCUCACCAAUCCUUCGGGCUAGAUGAAUUUGGUCGUUCAGGUAAGGGGCCUGAAAUUUAUAAAUUGUUCGAUUUCACAGCAGACGGCGUCGCGUCAAGGGCUGAAAAGACAAUCAAUUACUACAAGGGAAAGCAGUUGCUUUCUCCUAUGGGAAGAGCUUUCUAA